AUGUCGACCAUUGUCUCGGAGCCAUCUCGUGGUUUUGAUGUCAGAACGCCCAAGCAAAUCGUCGUCUUCGCAGGCAUGACAUUUGCCCAAAGGAUGAUGUCUGCCUAUGCGCGUGCAGCGUCUGGAGAUAACCGGAACUUAAUUCGGAAGGAAACAGCACACCUUAUGUUGACAGAUGGGGGUUGUCGGUCGAUGGCUUAUGGUUGUGAGUACCAAGGACCCCAAUCAGCCUGCAACCUGUACAGUCCUAAGGAUUUCCCUACUGCAAUGUUUCAUGCAUCUGAGCGAGGCAUAUUUGAACGUGGUCAGACGGAUCAUGGAUGUUGA